AUGUCUUCCUACUCAAGCGCCGACGAAGAGUAUGACUCUGACGAACCACCUAAACUCGAGCUCAAUAUCGAUAGCCUGAAAGAUGUCGCGUCCAAAGCCUUACAGGCCCCCUGCAUCAGUGCUCAACCAAUGACACGAGGCUCCUCACAUGAAAUCUUUGUCCUUAGGUUCCAAGAGUCAAGCACCACUUCGUAUCAGUCUCUAGUGCGCUCCAAGUACUUCUGUAUAGCUCGAUUUGCUCGUGUCAGGGAGAGUUCGCUCAAGGAGGAGAGUGAAAUUGCCACCAUCCGAUACGUCAAGCAACACACCAGCAUUCCUGUGCCAGAGAUAUACUACCAGGAUUUGAAUCCCGACAACGAGAUCGGCGCGGCCUUUGUUUUGAUGGAGAAACUUCCUGGUCGGCAUCUCUAUAAGAUCUGGGAUGGUCUGGCACUCGACCACAAGAAGGCUGCACUUUCACAGAUUGCAUCCAUCAUCGUCCAGUUUUCCUCCCUUCGCUUUGACAAGAUUGGAUGUCUCACCAAGAACGGAAUCGGCCCUUUCAUUAGUCCUUGCCAUGAUUCCCCUCAAGGACCUUUCACCUCGACACUUCAGUAUCUCGAGUCGUUUAUCUCACCCGCUUCUGUCAAAUUAUCCGAGACAAAGGAGCUAUUUGGACAGAUCAAAACGGAACUGGCCAAAAGCACGUCAAGAGAGGCCGCUCCCUACCUCCAGCCUCCUUUUUCAAUGAUUCAUGCCGACUUUGACGGGCAGAACAUGCUAUUUCUAGAUGCCCCAGAUGGUUCGGGCCCAAAGCUCACGGGGCUAAUCGACUUUGAGUACGCCCAUACUGGCCCAGGAUACUUCCUCUAUGAAUACCCGAUAUUCAUCCAGGAUGUGUCUUGGUCUAAACAUCUGUACACCAAGAACAAGGCCUUGAGGGCUCAUUUCGUGUCGCAAGUUUUUAAUGGUCUGCCAAGUCCACAGGAAAAGGCGACCUUUAUCUCGUGCAUCAAUUCCAAGAGCUUCUUACUCAACGGCUUUCGGGAUGCUUUCAUGACCUUACAAUGUUCUGAGAGAACGCGAAAGAACUCGGCAUUUUACUAUCUCGAGUCGUUAAAGGACGGGACGGGGCUCGCGUACUCUGGCCGGGUUGACUAUAAACCAGAGUUCUAUUCCAGAGAGGGACAGCCGAUGCGACAGAUAGAUAAAGCCUUUGGAGGGCCGAUGGGUCAGCCGUUGGAUUCAGGAACUACCCAAAUUAGCGAGCCAGGAGAGGUAUUCGAAGUUUGCAUUAUUUUAAAUCACCGGAGUACUUGUCUAUCCGCAUACAGCCAACCCGACAGCCAUAUCCGUCGCCGGUCGUGGAAGGCUUUUGACCCUGAGCUUACCGUCGGCAAGCUCAAGGAACUAGGACAGCAUGGCUGUCUAUUUGGGGAGUCGGUUCGUUCCGAUCUAACACGCUACGAAUCGCCAUCUGAUUGCUCCCCUGUCCUGUAUUGCUUUAUCCCCUGGGCAUUUGACAAGACUCGCUAUCAAGCAGUCAUGUUUGGGGUUCCAGAGCCUCCAGAUGAUGAUGAGGAAAGCGAGUGCGAUCAUUAUCACGAUCGUCAGGACAGCAAAGACAAGUUCCAACCAAGUGGCAUAACGGUGUACCGAAAAGUGCGACACGAUUUGAUGACAACUUCAGACAACGCUGCUUCUGGUGUCAUUCCCCGUCGUCCGAUAAACCUUGAUCCUGCGUCAAGGAGAUCGUUUGAUCUAGCAAGAGGGUGGUUUCAGACAUGCUUGGCUGAUCAUAAGACAUGCCCAAAGCCUAGUCUCGGCUUCAUGCCCAAGAGGGUUAUCUCCAUCAGCCAAAACCAGAGCGGGUUUUCCCUACGCCUACUCGAAACAGAGAGUCUUCGCGAUAUGUAUUGUGCUUUGAGCUAUUGCUGGGGUGGUGAUCAAAAGACCAAGGCAACAAAGGAAACCCUCCCACAGCUGAAGGAUGACAUUGCCUUUAACAAGCUUCCAGCAACCCUCCAGGAUGCCGUCACUACAACGCACGGGCUAGGCAUUCGGUAUUUGUUCGUGGACUCGCUCUGCAUCCUUCAAGAUGAUGAAGAGGACAUACACACCCAAAUAGCGCAGAUGUCUGAGAUAUACAGCGAAGCAGCCGUCACUAUCCUUGCUUCUCGGGCCAAGGGUGUCGACUUUAAUUUUCUGCACAAACGACAACACUCACUUCCGAGCUCCCGAUUAAAAGAUGAUCGUUACAAUAUGUCACUGAGGUGCCCUAACGGCGAGUUAGGGUCGGUGGUAGUACUUUCAGGCUACUCGAGUGGUAAAGAGAGCUCAGGACCUCUCGAUUCCCGAGCUUGGGCUCUCCAGGAGAAUCUACUAUCAGCACGUACUCUAGACUACGAGGACGGCCACACUACUUGGCGAUGCUCGACUAUGAACAGCCUAACCGAUGGAUGGCUGAGUACUUCGGAGUUCUUGCAAAGGCUUGGUUUUGCAUUGGCCCCUGAAGCUCUACGUCCUCGCUCGGCUGUAAAAGCAACUGAUGAGAUUGAGCAUCGUGAUGAGCGACAAGAGCUUUUCCGGCAAUGGCUUAGCCUUGUUGAUCAUUACACGCGGCUGGAGCUCUCGUUUACCAGCGAUAAACUACCAGCAAUAAGCGCCAUAGCCGGACGCAUGGGCUCAGCUCUGGGAGACAAGUAUCUGGCCGGCAUUUGGAAAUCACGUCUAACCCAAGACCUACUCUGGGACGUGCGUCAAAGGCACCCCAGGCCAAAAAGCUUCAGGGCCCCUUCAUGGUCAUGGGCGGCUGUCGAUGGUGGCCCAUCUCGCAUUAGUACUGACAAUGAUUCAUUCAGCCUAGAGGUGCUUGAGUGUCACACUGAACUUAAGUCCCCAGCUGCACCGUAUGGCGCUGUAAAAAGUGGGCAUUUGGUCUUGAGAGGGCGACUGCGGCGAGUUGUCCUAUCAGGCAUUAAGGGGCGUGUCUGGACUCCAGUCGGAAAGUCAGCACCAGCCAAGGUCAAACUUGCAAACCUUUUCCACAUCGUGGAACCUGGCCUGAAAGGGGCUGAAGCCUGGAUUCCAAUGAGCUUCGAUGCAGUCGAGCAAGAGUUCCAAGACAACGCUGAUAUGGAUAUCGCCAUGUUGGAGGUCUGUGAGCAUGAGUCUGGGCCUUGCUAUGGGCUUGUUCUACGACCGGUUGGGCCCCGGAGGUUUUCAAGGCUGGGUGUCUUUGGCUAUUUGUAUGGCCCAGAGUACCUUGAUCAAGGUUCAAGUCCAGGAUCUGAUACUGAUGGAGAGUUAGAGGGGGUUGAAGAAUGGGAACCAUUAUAUGAGAAUUGGCUGCAGGGAUUUAGAGGGUACGAUCUAACAAGUCUUACACUUGUCUAG